AUGUUGGGAGCGGAAAGUUUGGUUCCUGACGUACUCGACUCCAACUCGGUCCUCGUUGAGGCUACUUAUAAAAUGUCAGAGGCCACGUUUUGUGAUGUGCUUAUUUUGGGUGCUGGUAUUUCUGGACUUGCUGCAGCCAAACUACUAACUAAUGAAGGACUUAAAACUAUUGUUUUAGAAGCGCGAUCAAGAAGUGGUGGCCGGAUUCAUACAGUUGAUCUUCCUUCUGUUACUGACAAAUCACAAGAUAAGUCUGUUGUCGACCUGGGGGCUAGCUACCUUCAUGGAUGCAACAAUUCGCAGGAUGUCCAACCUUUGUUUACGCUGGCUAGUCGUUUAAAAAUCGCUACUUCUCCUGCCGCUGGGGAUGUUUUAGGUACGCAUCGGGGUUGGGAAUGUCCAGAGGUAGCUGUUUGGCGAGAUAAUAAGUCGGGUAAGGAAAUUGGCUUGGAAGAAGUGGCGGACAUGAGUUUUCUACUUGACAGAUGCUUACUGUACAUUCUUAUGGCAGCAAAUCAGAAGAAACAAGAGAAUCGAUCAAACAAAACUUUAGCUACUGCUUUACCAAGUGCUCUAGAAUCAUGUCUUCACUUACUAUACAAAGCAGGCUACCGAACUUCUCCAACUCUUUCUCGAAGAGAAAAGGGCAUUUUUGAUUCCCUUUUUGCUCGAUACAUAGCGUAUGUAAAUCCGGCUCAUAGACUCUCUCCUAAACUUUCUUUGGGACCUCAUUUCGAAGCUGAUGCUAUGGCAGGUUUAGCUCUGAAUGUUGACCAACCGAGCUCUGUGUCCAAAAAAAUCUAUUUGGAUUGGUUGCAAGAAAAAAGAACCCAUUUAAGUUUGAAUGGCUCGUGUAAGAGCAUUGCUCGUCGAACCGACCACAAAUGGGAGGAUCGUUUAGUUUUAGAUGGGUUCUCAAAGUUUGUCGAAUUUCUAGCGUCUGGUGUAGACAUUCAUCACCGAUGUGUUGCACGACAUGUGUAUUGGUCAAAUCACACAGACUUUGGUAAAUCUAAUGAAGAAAUUAAUAUCCAAUUAAUUCAUGACAGUGCUGCCUCAUGGUCUACUAAAACUCUUAUGGAUUUUAUUGAGUCUUCUAAUCUAGUAUGUGUUGAUGUGGCACAGUGCUCAGGGGAAUCGUCUACGUUGGUUUUCAACAGACAAUCUUCUAAGCGUUAUUUUGCACGCUUCUGCAUCAUAACAGUCCCUGUUGGUGUACUCAAAGGCCUUGAUCGUCGUAGUGCCAUCCAUUUUCAUCCAUGUUUGCCUUCAAGGAAAAGACUUGCAAUAGAUCGUCUUGGUAUUCCAAAGUUGGGAGCAGAAACUCAUAAUAAGGUUAUUUUAAUGUUUAACCCAUCAGAAAUUUUUUGGGAUCGUGACACGCCCCAUAUUACGUGUCCCGGCGCUUACCUUCAUAUACUUAAUUGUGACUUUUAUGGAAAUCCAGGUGUUCUGGUUGCUCACGUAUGGGGUGGUUCAAAGCUCAGGAUCACUGGUCGAUCUGAUCAAGCUGUCGUCAAAACUUUACUAGAUUUAUUAGGUGGUAUGUACCCUUCUCAGUGUCCAUUGCCUGAACCUAUAUACACUCACGUUACUCGAUGGUCAGAAGACCCGUUUAGUUUGGGUGCUUACACUGCUGGUGAGGUUGGCUGCAGUGAUGCUGAUCGACAAGCUUAUGCAAGUAGCCUGCCUUCCACAGUUUAUCCGAAGUUGCUUUUUGCAGGUGAAGGUACCGUUGACAGUUCUGGUGGUCAACAAUGUACUCAUGGUGCUUUCUCAUCAGGCGUUGAUCGUGCUUUAGAUGUUUUAGAUCAUAUUCAAGGUAGCCGUUGCCGUUUACGUGAUGUGCGCAUCAUUGAUUAUCUCACUGGACAUCGUUAUGACCUGUUCCCUCCUCAUGAGAUGGUACGAAGAACAAAAAAGCGGAAAAUAGCAAACUUGACUGUAGACUGUAAAAAACCUAAUGCUAAUUCGUCUGGUAAACAAGAGUCAUCGUUGGCUAAAUGUAUCCAAUCUAGCCAGGAACUGGUAAGCACAGAAUCAUCAGAUAGUCAGUGUUCUGAAGGUGAUUCAAGUCCAUCUAUUUUGGAUUUUGAAUCUAUUGAAUCCUGUAUAUUGUUUCCUAAGCCAACACGGCGUUCAACUCGCCUUACUACAUGGAUUUCCUCUCAAGCAUCUUCGUCUCUUCGAAGAGAGUCCAUUUUAAUGUACCACAAAAAAAGACACUCCGGGAGUUUUAAUGCUCUAAAUAAUUACAGUAAGCGUUGUAGUCAAGUUAUGUCAACUGAUAGUCGUGCUAUUUCAAAAAUUAUUGAUGGAAAACAUCCAUUUUCUUGCUUCACAGGAGACCACAAUUCUAAUCUGCUCUCGAAAUCUGUAUCGGACUCGCUACCGUCAUCUGUUAGUCCAACUCUACUCACAAAGACUUGUCUUUCAAGUAUACAUACUUCAUCCCCCCUUUCUGAUACGGCUGGCUGUAUACUAAUAGAUUGUAAUGAAAAUUUGAAAAACUUUUCUCCUCCUAUAAACUCUGUAUCCCAAUCUACCGAAAGCGAUUUAGAACCUAAUAUAAAAGGUUUGUUAUUUUCAGAUGGUUUAUUAAACAAUAAUAACAAUUGUAACAUAGAUUCUACACUGCAUUCAAAUAUGUCUCUUAACCGUUCCAACGAAAAAAUCAUCGAUCAUAUCAAGCCAACUAACUAUGAACCUGUUUUUGGUGCUCUUCCAUUCACAGGAGCUUGUAAUAACUCAGGACUUCAAACUAAAUCUUUCUCUUUUAAAGAGGCUUUAAUUAUAAAAGAUGUACCAAUUUCCAUGUAA